UAUUGACAGCAAUAUAUUUAUGAAUAAUGAUAUCAAUUGAAAAUUAUUGAAUUCAUUAUAUUGGAAAAUAUUUCGAAUUAUUGCAAAUUGUCUCUUUAAAUGUCUCUUUAAAUGUCCAUUUAAAUUUUGUUGUAAUUCAAAAUGUCUGAGGAACAGAGAAAAGCGGUUGCUGCGAUUAUUAUUGCUACAACUUUACUUCCGACAAACUUUUCCAAACCUAAGGUUACGCGUAGAAUUUGGGUGAAGGAGUGGAUGAAAAAACGAAAAUCGAUCGGUGUUUACGAUAACUUAGUGCAAGAACUACGUUUGUAUGACGAAGAGAGUUUCCGCAAAUACCUGCGAAUGAGCCCAGACAUAUAUGAGCUUUUACUUGAGAAAGUCAGAAGUAAAUUAACGAAGAAGACAACGCAUUUACGGAAACCUUUGGAGCCGGAGUUGAAGCUGACAUUAAUAUGGAUUUUGAAAUACGGGGCUGAGUAAAGGUUGAAGUUGCUGUGGCACGCUCUGACCGAAUAUUUGUGUGUUUUGGCUCAAGAUUGACGAGGUUGGUUUUGGUGAGCUCUGAGUGAAGACAUGUGCGGCAUGUUGCUGUUGCGUCGUAGCUUGAGGAAAUAGUAUUUGAUCAUUCGUAGCAAAAUCGUGUGGCUGACUUUCAAAAUAAUAAAUUUUAUUUUGCUCCAUCUUUUAUCUUCGAUCGUAUGUUUCAUUUACUGUUUAUUUCAGACAGACAAAUUUUGAAUACUUUGCUAAUUCGAUUUUUCUAUUGUUCGGAGAACAAUUGAGUCUUCUCACAACAAAAGAAUUUCCCUUGCAAUAUUUUUUAAUUCAAACCGUGUUUGAAUUAAAAAGUCUUGACAAGUAUUGAAAGCGAUUGCGUAAUGUUUUUUCGAACGUG